AAAAAACUUAAGGAGAUGCUGUCAAUAUUGGAUACCACGUGACUCCAAUAGGAAACGCCCUUUAUCGGUUUAUAAGAGCCUUUUUGUGUUUUUGUACCAGUCCACAAGACUAUUUAACAAUCAGGAUAAAGGUUCCGGCGAGGUGAAUCAGGAACAAUCUGUAGAGUGAGGGAGAUAUCACCUCUGGGUACUGGCUUCACGCUUUUGCCAUACUCUUUUUGCAAGUGAAGCCAAUGACGAAGAGAGAUGAACUGGACAGAAUUAACAGACCUCGCCCAGUCUGUAGCCGCUACAGGGUCUACCAUGGACUGGACCACUGUGGUUGGAAGCAACAGCUUAACGACUCUCGGUGGACAGGCCUUAACUACACCGGUUAACACACCAGGGACUGACUAUUAUAAUGGGUCUGGGUCCACAUUUGACCUAGCCAGGCGCCUUACUACCCCCGGAAAUGACGUAGUGGUACUGACGGCCGAGGACUUGAAUGCCCGGGAAGUCCCCCUUAACACCCCGGCGCUGGUCUACACAGUUUUACUUCUCAUCAUUGGACUUCCUGGGAACUCUGUUGUUUUGUAUGUAUACACCCAGAAAUGGGGGAGAAGUUCCACUCGAACGUUUAUCCUAGGCUUAGCCAUACUGGACCUAGUGAACUGCCUUGUGACGUAUCCCAUGGAGAUCGCGCUGUUGACACGCCCUAUAUUGUUUGACUUCCCGGUCCUCUGUAAGGUGACCCGCUUCGCGACUUACGGGUGCAACACGGCCAGUGGACUGGUUCUCAUAGCUAUCGCAGUGGACAGGUACCAGCGCAUUUGUAGACCUCUCAGUAAACCAAUGACGACAAGAACCGCCAAAAUCGUCAUCUUCUGCGCGAUGGGCGUGGCUGUUGUGUUCCUGUGGCCCGCCCUCGUACUGUAUGGAACAAAGAGUUUUCCUGUCUCCCGAACAGUUGCCCUAAAACUGUGUCAAAUACAAGAUAAAUUUGAUGUCACUGUCUACCCAUUAGUAUUCUUCGUGUUUAACGGAGUUUGCACUGUCAUCAUAUUUCUGAUUCUGACUGUAAUCUAUUUACUAGUGGGUAUAAAGGUCUGUAGACUCCGGACGUUUCGUUCAAAAUCGUGCUCUGUGACGUCAAUUUCAGAAUUCACGGAUGAAGACGAUCAAUUUUACUUGGGAAACUGUAAAGGAGCAAAGAAUUCCGAGCGAGAGUUACAGCCAUUGAAAGGCAAAAAAAGACGGCCGGAGAACGGGUCAAAGGACGACAUCCCGCCAGCACCGGGCGCCAUUAAAGUGGUCCUCAAGACAACCUCCGACACCCUGAAAAAAGCGCGAAAAUCCGUGACGGACAGGCGCUUCCGACGCGUGAGUAAAACCACCAUAAUGUUGUUCCUGGUGACCCUGCUGUACGUGAUCUGCUUCACGCCGUUUCUUGGGAUAGUGUUUCAUAGAACAAUUCACAAAGACGCGUUCAGGACCAUGACGCGAUCGGAAAAGAUGGCGUUCAACGUCAUUUUACGUUCCUACCUGCUGAACUGUGCCAUUAAUCCAAUCAUUUACUCAUUCUGUAACGAUCUCUUCAGGAAAGAGUGCGCAUACCUCUUCAAGAAGCUGUUCCGUAAAAACUAGCUGUUAAAAUGUAAAUUUUGUUGAUACAUAAAAUAUAAAAUAUA